AGCCCUGCUGCUGUUUACCUAUUCUGUGACAUCCUCCGCCUUUAUAAUUUGAUAAACAUAACAGUCGUCUGUAUCAGUGAGCCGAAAGAACAGAGGCAUGUUUGUCUCCCUGUGACAUGCGGUUACUCGUAUCUACACGUAUGCCUAUAUUCUAAAUUGAAUUGAGCACUUUACUAACUGACAAAAUUGUAAGAUGAUAAGAAUUCUGUUUUUAGAUUUGGGACAAUGGAAAACCCUCAAGAAUGCAUAAAUUUGUCUGAAGGUCAGGUAUACCUUGUGGGUUUCGUGCAUGAAAACCUUCUCUUUUCCAAAAGGCGAUUUAACACAAGAUUACACGAUGGAGUUGUUAUUGUGUAGAGGAAAAAGUGCUCUAAAAUCCCGUACGUUUCCGGUUCGUUUUUAAAAGCGAUUUCCCGUCGUCAUGGUCGGUAAGCUGUAAGAGUAAGGUCGGUCACAGAUGAAAGCCUACCGGGUAAACAACUUCUUUCUUCUGAGAUUUGACUGAAAUACCCAAAUUCUAAAGAAAUGUCUUUAUGAACUACGGAACUGUAAAUUCCCACUGUGUGUCAUGUAAUUUCUUUUGAUUUUCUAUGGAUUUGUUGAAACCAGAAUGGGUAAAAUUUAUCGAGGGGCUCCAACUUCACUAUUUAUGAUUCAGACGUUGAAGAUUCUUGCUUUUUGCGUGUCUAUUUUAAGCAGAGGACCACCAAGGUCCAUCAGACGAAACCAGAGAUUUGAAUCUUGCCAUUUGCUUUGAAUAUUGAAGAUAUGCCAAAUAAAAGAGGUAGUAAAUCAGAGAUAGAGGAAGAACAGUCUUGGAGUUAAGGAGAGGUCAGGGGUCAUCAGAAACCGUGUAAAGCCUAGACCGCCGUUAACUACACAUUUUGAUAUUUUGUCUGUCUCCUUCCAAGAUUGUUUAGCAUACCUUUCUCUGAUUUUCGACCCUUCCCAGCCACCAGACCGGAAAAAAUACUGCAUUGAUAUUUAUUCUAAGCUGGGAAACUUUUGUUUGACUUUUUCAGUGCCAUACAUUUUUUCCCUCCUGAGCCAACCAAAUUUGGAGAACUUAAAAAAGGACGCAAAAGCUUCAAACCUUCUGCACGUAGUCGUGGUGGACAGUCCCGCCGUGUGAAAAGCCCUGGGCAGUCAGGCAGAAAAUUGUGGGUUCGCUGAUGAGAGGCUUUAUAGCUGGGGGAUUUAGUCAGUGAUCCUGGGGGCUGUGUCUUGGAAAGUUUUAGAAAGGUGGUUCACCAUUAUAGAACAGUUACCCUGAGGCCACGUCGGUCGGUUGCUGCUGAUCCAGGGUCGGUCGAUACAUCAAGAGUUUUUGAUGCAGAUUUCAAAUGAUGUAACACCUCUUACGUCACUACUUGAUCUCUUGACAAGUCACUCGAUCCUCUGCGCUACUGACCCGCGAGAUAAUAAAGCGACAGGUGCCCUACGCCGUCGACGGUGCCUUAUCGAUUUGGAAAAGUUGUGCCUGUCAUUUUUCUUCCACUCUUCGGCGAUGUGAAGCUAUUUAUCAAACCAACCUUUGUCUGGUGUUUGUUGGUCGCUGUGCCAUUCUGAUCCUGUCGCGUUCAUCGAAACAAAUUGAUUUCGGAAUAUGUCGGCUUUGUCGGGUCUUUGAUCAGCCUAGAUCAUUCUUGCAGCCAUAUGGUCCGUCAGCCUUCAAGCUGAAACUAGGAACACAAGGGAAAGCUACUUGUUCAAGACACUUUUUACUUUUUGAGGUUUUGUUGUGACUGUUUUACGACCUGACAGUUAUUAAUUGUAUCAUCUACACCUCAUGCCAUCCGUCAAAUCCAACUGUCGGAAUUGUACGACAGUUUUCCCAAGCUUUCGUCAAUGUGAACAGAGUCGCCGGAAGUGGAAGAUACGACGGUUUUUACGCUACAUCAAUGUUGAUACAAGUCUCGUUACCACCAGUUCAUGUUCAUAAUUCAACAAAGCAUAGACUUAUGAUUCAUUAACUUCGUUUGAAUAAGUAUCAACGCUACACAUAAAAGGCUGUCAGACCAGACGAUACCGUGAACUAAAGAGUUUGCUCGGCGUAGAAGAGCUCCUAUACGCGCUGAUCCCCCUCUCUACGAGGACUCUCCGGAUUCAACUGCUUGAUCGUUACAACUUUCUUUCCACACCAUGGCAACCGAAGUGUCUCAGCUAACCAAGCUCGUCUCUUUUCUUCCUGCCAACUGGUGCGGGGUUCUCUUCUCCCUCCUCUCGGUAUCUUUGCUCUACCUUCUGGUCAGGUUCAUCCAGCUGUUGAGAUGGAAGCAAGCGUUCCGCUAUGCCCUGCGUGACUUCCCAAGACAUCCCAACGGCAGUUGGUUAUUGGGAGACGUCCCUGAGUACACGAAAGGCCAUAAUGGUAUGGGUCGUGAAUUUCACUUCAACUACGAGGAAGUAACGGACGCCAUGCAGUUCUGGCUCGGGCCGUUCAUGCCUGGUGUGGUGGUUUUCAGCCCGGAAACUGUCAAAGCAGUCGCCAAUAAAAACGAGCCGAAGCAGGAGUCAGUUAUGAGGUUUCUUCAGGAAUGGAUCGGCGACGGCUUGGUGGCAAGCUACGGAGAGAAGUGGGCGCGGAACAGACGACUGGUAUCACCGGCCUUCCACUACUCCGGACUUCGACCCCACGUCAACAUCUUCAGUGAAUGUGCACACAGGCUGGUGGAAAGCGUACGUGGAACAAAGUGUGUACGGAGGCCCAUUAGUCACACCAACGUCAGGCCAGACACUUAUCAAUGUACCUACGUGAGUGCAGUCCGUAAGUUAGCCGAUCUCUUCUUCAAGCGCUUCGUCACCAUGUGGCAAUACUUCGACUUUCUCUUCUACAACUGUCAGGAUGGCAAAGACUUCCGGAGAAUUCUUAAGGUGGCGCUCGACUUCUCCAAGCAGGUCAUCAUCCAACGAAGGAGCUUGGCUAAAGAAAGCCAGAAGAGGGCGUUUCGAGAUUUACUGGAUAUCUUGAUAGACGCACGGGAUGACGAAGGGAAAGGUCUUAGCGGGGAUGAAAUACAGAACGAGGUGAACACAUUCAUGUUUGGCGGUUACGAGACGACAAGCACUGCUGCCACAUGGGCCCUCUAUUGUCUGGCUCAACAUCCUGAGUAUCAGGAUAUCUGUCGAAAAGAAGUCGACGAGUUGAUGAAUGCCAAGGGCAGUGAACAUCUGGACUGGACUGACAUGAACUGUCUCCCUUUCCUGACCAUGUGCAUCAAGGAGAGUCAACGUUUGUACCCUACCGUGCCUUUUGUCUUCCGCCGUCUUACCGAGCCGCUUGUCCUGAAUGACGGCAGGGUUAUUCCGCCAGAAACGACGGUGUACAUUUCUAUGAGUGGUCUACAUCUCAAUCCCACGGUAUGGGACAACCCACAGGUGUUUUGCCCAGAGCGUUUCUCGCCAGAAAACUCUGCCAGCCGCUCGCCCCACGCCUUCCUACCUUUCUCCGCUGGACCUAGGAACUGUCUCGGACAACAGUUUGCCAUGUUUGAACUCAAGACCACCUUUGCUAUCCUGCUUCGCCAUUUUGUAUUUUCGGCAGACGAGACCAAGACGAUCAAGCUAUUCAACGCAGGCUGUCUGCGGAGCGAGACGGGUAUCCACGUGGUGAUGAUACCACGUGACAAGAUGGAUGAAAAAGACUGAGCGCGCACUUGACAUCAAUAAGGCGUGACUAGUUUCAUCGACCACACAAGGCUGAUAGAUUCGUUUUCUACGGUGAAUCAGCAAUAAUCGUGCAUGAUACAAGUGUCUAAAUUCAAUAAAAUUGUUUUUAAAAAAAUGGGAAAACAAAUAAAAUGGGAGCGCAUCGCCUGGUGGAAAAUUAUCUGGUCGAAGAGCAAGUUGGUAGCCCGGCAAGUUGGUAGCCGGCGGUCGUUAGUCAAGUUCCAUUUUCAAUUUCUCACAGAAAUCAUAGCUAAUAAGGUCUAAGAUUGAACUGGCGGUGCCAUAGCUUCAGCUUAGUUUUAUUAUAGGUUUGGGAGAAUCUUUAGAUUACGAGAGUUUUUCGAGUAGAAUAAUGCUUUAUAAAUAUUUAAGGCACUUUUCUGGGUACAUUUUGAAAAUAGUUUGAUCUCUUUUAUCGUAAAAGAGUUAAUUUGUAUUCAAUAAAAUGGUAAGAUAAUAUUGACUUCGUGGUUUGUUUUAAUGUUCUUUGAGCAUUACAGAAUUUACCACAAAGAUACCUUUCAUGUGCCGAUUUCUAUGUUUUUUUUCUCAGUGCCCCAAAAUAUGAAUUUUGAAUGUUGGUGACGAUAAAACAUGGCUGACGUUAAGAUUGAUUUCUGUUUCCAAACCACAAUUUUUUUCUUUUAAAGACUAGAUAAAGCAGACAUAAAGAAAGCCUUAAGACGACGCAUUGUGUUAUAUUAAAAUAAUGAAAUGGCACAACAGUAACCUAUAUCAGCGCACGGCCGAUCACCCUUAAACCUGUAACCCUACCCACAAUGACAUUGCCUUAGAGCUGUUGGCAAUGAUUAUGUAUCGGUCCGUGCUUGGACAACAUGGUGACCGGUUGAAAAGAUCGAAUUCUUUUCGCCAUAUCUCGCUGAAUAUAAGCCGACCCUUAAUUCAGCCACAUCACUCCUGAACUCUCUAAAAUUUCACCGUAAAUUGUUGAGUUGAGCAAAGAAGAGCAUUUAUUGGGGAUAGUGGUCAUCCUAAACUGGGCUACAAAUUUUGUAAAUUAUGUGGUAGGCCAACGGCAGCUACACAAUUGCAGAUAACGUAGUCCUCUAACCGUGUUAACUAUUCCCAUUUCCGCUAGCCGUCUCCAAUACCACCUUGGUUUGUUUUUCACUGCAGCAGGCUUAAUGUGCCGCUAUGAACUCCGGAGUACAAUUCCAUUUGGCAAGUUUAUCUCUGUCAGAUGGAGGGGCUUUUGUAAAAUCGGAAGUUUACUUCGACGAGUUUUGUCCUAUCAGCCGCUUGUCGGCACUUUUUGUCAAGCCAAGGGGAAACGGAGAUAUCCGCCUUUGCAGUUGUUCAGGCCGAUCCUGCAGACGAUUUGAGUGAAAUCCCAUUUAUAUAAAUUAUUCUCUUGUCUCUUUGCCAACUGCCCCGCGGCUGCACGCCGGCGUUUUGGACCAGGAGGAAAACCACGGGACGUUGCUUAGCAACUGUUGUCAUGGAAGAUUUGGAUCGUUGCGGUAAAUCGCUUCUUUUCACCGAACUUGUCAUAAAAUUAUCAACGUUCAGAAAAAGAGCUGAAAAUAAGAUUCCUUGCUAAAGGCAUGAGGUUUUUGUUUUCAGUGGGCGCAGAAGAUUAAUUUCCCACCAAUUUGAAGACUGAAGCUCAAUUUUCUUUUCCUGAAUCCAUGGAGUCCCCACGGUAUUACGGUCUACAGCUUCUCGGACAAAUUGAAUGUUUCAAACGAAACGGAACGGGAGAAACGAAAUUCAGUCUUAUUUAUUAUAUGAACGGGUCAAGUUGGUAGUGUGGAUUUUUCGUUCCUUCCACCUCUGCGACCCAGGUUCAAAUUUUUAGAGUUUUUGGUUCUUGCCUGACUCCGUGGGUUUACCCUGGAACAUUCAUUGGCUGGGUUUUCCUCCCACCUCUAAAACUGAACAUUUCUACAUUGCCUUCUUAAUUAUCACUUUAUCCUUACUUUUAUUGACGCAUAGGCCUAAUUCCCUGUUAGACGAACAGAUAUAAAUAGGAUAAAUAAUAAAUUGACAUUUUGCAUUUAAAGCACGUGUUGAAAAAGAACUUUGAAUUAACAUACAAUUUUACUGUUUAAACUACUUAUUUGGAAGAUAAUAAUUAUUUCUUUUUGGUUGCGGUAAAUAAAAAUGUACAUUAAAAAAAUAAAAGUCCCCUGGCCAUUUCUAUAUAUAGACAAGGACAGAUCCAAGGAAGGGGGGUAUGUUUCCUUGAAACUUUAAUUGUCUGUCUGAGGUGUGAAGACACACUUAGGGACUUUGUAUACAUUCUUUGAAGGAAGGGAAA